CCCUAGCUGUAUGUGGACUGUGUGGUUGCUAGCUGGUUUAAGAUGUGUGGAGAGUGUGUAGUUGAUGGCUGGUUGAAAAUACCUGUUUGUGGUUGAUGGCUGGUUUCAGCAGCCUCACCUGGCCCGAGUCAGACUGAUUAGACUCUGGGAUCGGAUGAGGCUGCACACCUGGGGGGCAUUGACCAAUCAGUGCACACGGGAUACGUCAGUGCUGAACACCUGCUCUGACUGUAGCUGGUUGAGCGAACAGCAGUGUACUGGUACCGGAGGGGCAGGGGGUGGUGGUUUUUUGACAAAUGUGCUAUUUUGAGGAUCUGGAAGAUUAGAGCUAAAUUAGAAAAACCCAAACACCUCAUAGAGAUUCAGAUUGAAAUAAAAAUAUCGUUCGCUUCAUAAGCUACGGACGGGUCGUGACGCUAACACAAAAUUAAUUUGCCAUUGAGUCCCGUUUCAAAACGGUGGCCUUCUGUCUCCAUCUAGUGGAGGUCCAGUAUUCACGGCCUCCGCGUCUGGUUGCCAUGGCAGCCGGAUGUUGUCUCGCAGAAGAGCCGCGGUGGCGAGUGUCAUCAAUACAAUGAAGACUUAUGCCUGAAUAAUACACCUUGCGGUAAGGUUUUAGAUGGAGAAACCGAGACAGACUGGAGGCCUGUGGAGCUGUUCCCGGCCGGCCUCAUACAGCCAGGAGACACAGAAGAUGCUCAAGAUGAUGAUGGAAGAGUCGAAGCUCACUAACUUCCAGCGAAGACAAAUCACCAAGUCUUUGACCGACGGGGCCGCCCUGCCUCCCUCUCUCGGCCCCUCGUCGUCGGCCCCGGGUCCCCAGCAGCCAGAGCAGAAGGUCACGGGGACCCCGCAGAGAGACUACUACGUCCCGUCCCGGAGACGCAGCGAGCAGACCUGCCGCUCCGGAGACAGCUACCGCCGCGACGCGUUCCGCCCGCGUCCGACACGAGAUUUAGAAAAGGAGAAGAGCAGACUGCAAUCGAUUCUCGCCACAGGGAAAGACGAAACCAAACCCAAACCCAAACCCAAACCCUCCCGCAGUGAAGCUCAGAGCCCAGAGACCAUGGAGAAAGACGGAUUCCAGGAAGCCCCAUCUUCUGUAGUUGUGGAUGAGAUUGAAGAACGGAGGCAGUUCCUGGCCGAUAUGACAGCUCUCGGCCAGGAGAAGCUCUAUCGCAACCUGAUCAAUACAGAGAUCGCACAGAAGAUCCGAGAGCUGGAGCUGAUGGAUAAGACCCGCAGCGCUGCGCUGAGAGACAUGACCUCCUAGAAGAUCGGAUUAAAGGACGAAGAGGAGAUGGAAGAGGCAGCAAACCAGGAACAACAUCUAGUUAAAACGCGUCUCUGAGACACUUGGUGUUCGCAAGGAUGAGUCAGACCUGAACGGUUCAGAGAACUGGAUGCACUGGGAGAAGUCAAGACCAAACUGGGAGAAAUGCUAGGACUAUGAAUCAAACGUUGACCCAACCCAUUGACCCAUGACUCGUGUUGCUGCCCUGCCUCCUUCACCAGUAGACGUACGGAGUCCUCUCGGACUACAGGCUGCACACAGCCGCCCAGACCACGUAGCUUUGCUUCCGUGUGACACUGACAAGACGCAUCUCCGUGCACAGCGCUAGGGUCAAAUAUGGCUACCGUACGGAGAUGGAUGAGAUUGUCAAAUAAAGAAUUUGAUGGCUUUUG